AUGUUUUGGGUGACAGACAACUUCUUAAUGUACAAAGACCCGUCCAAACGUAGGAGGAAUAGUUCUGAACAGAGCCUGCUGCAAAAGGCUAACAUCAAAUAUCGCUCGUUAAGGAGGAAAAAGCGAGUGGACUCUGAAAGUGAUAUUUUACUGUCUGGUGAUGAUGAGCUAUUGGAUCCUGAAACAGUGCCCAUUAGUAGAGCUGUCGUUACAUGA